AUGGACGAGGCUUUCGUAGCCCAAUCGCCCCAGAGAGUCAUUCCUCUACAACAAUGGAUCGAAGGAUGGUCAGCAUGCACCGCCCUGGAGAAGUCUCCCAACGAGAUCCUUCAAUACGAACAUCAACAAGCCAAAGCCGAGCUCGAUGACGCAUACGAGCGAUUCAAGUCACAAGGAACUCAAGACAGUUCCGAUGAAGUCCAUAGGUGCAUGCAGCGCUGCAUAGCGCUUGCUCACCCAGACGAGUCUACCAGAAAAGCCAAGGAGCGUGAUUAUCAACAAAGUUGGGUGCUGUUUUAUAAGACUCUGUUCGACAUAUUGGACAAUCCUGCAGCUAUCAAGGCAGUCUUAGAUAAAUUUCGUGAGCGUGCGAGCACCCAGCAUUCAUCGCAUCAUGAAAGCACAAGAAACCAGUGUCAGACGACGGCUUUCCCUGUCAGCAAUUCCCCCGAUACUCAACACUCAAGCAGGUCACAAAACCCCAGAAUUGAACCUGUCCCGACCACCCACCGUACGCACAGCCAGGGCGAGCUAAGCAUCAAUGAUCAGCGAGCGGAAGGCGAAGCGAGGGGCCGAACGACUCGAUCAAAGACGCACACGGCCUCAACAGCAUCACCCGCACCUCAUUGGGAGAAGCGGUCUCGGCAGGCUCCUUCGGAAGCCGCUCCAACAACCACAGAAACUAUUGAGUUUCGCGAAGUAUAUCAAGACGGCCAAGCCGAGCCAAAAUACACUAUUAUCGAGUACGAACGACUUUAUUACAUCGUGAGAUGCAAGGAGCAUGGGCUGGCUUUCUCUGGCGAGCACCCGCUCCAGGGUGCUAUGAAUCAUUUGAGGGUCCCAGGACACCAAGUUGAGGGUAUAAAUUACUCUCUAGCAAUCUCCAAGCUCGGGGCCCUGGUGCUGAAUUGUGAUGAAGAUGACAAAGAGAAAAAUAAUAGGGUUGUAAGAAGGCAUGUUGAGCAAAUGGAAGAUCAGCGACGACGACGCUGUCGCGCUUCCCAGGCCUAUCGAGAUCUCAAACCCGACCCUCAGCAUGGUGACAUUUACAUGGCAUGGUGGGAUCUGGGUAAGACAGCGAAGCAAUCUGGACAAGAGGAUCUGAAGCUCUUCGCGUUUUUGGUUCUGCCUUUCUUUCCGCGAGACAGUAAUCGCUUUGGCUUGAGUGUCACCACAUCGAACCUCGAAAAGGACAUUCCUACUUGCUACAAGCACGAUCCGUCAACUAAUACCUACGAGUGGGCUGAAGACUACAAGCCAGGCGAAAGAAAAGCCUUAAAACGGUCUUACCCGAUAAUGUGCUUCGAUGGGAGUCUCGCGCCGAGCGUUCAAUGGAUCCCCAUCACCCACUUCCGAAAGUUCAAUGCCAAAGAUCCCUAUCUUGAACAUAAACACAUUGUGAAUGGCUACAUCGCGUCGCAGAGACACAUUGUUCACCAACCAGAUUUUGAACCGGAAUCUGAUGACACCAGCUCCGACUCCGACUCCGACUCCAACUCAGAAUCAGAUUCCGACAGCUCUGACGAUACCCAUUUACCAAUCGCUUUCAGAUAUACACAGACUGUAAAUGGCAGAAGGUGUGAAAUCAUCUAUUUAGAUGAUGACGGUACGCCCAAAAAGGUGAUGGAGGACCCAGAAAACUAUCCGCUCCGGUGGAGAACCCCAGAGUUGGAGGUGAAGAAGGAACCUGGGAUCCAAGAUAGCGUGCAGCGGGCGGACCAAGGUACGCGAUAA